UUUAUUAUCAGUCUCUGCCUUGAUAGUUUAAUAUUUUGUAAGGAUGCUGUGGUCUUAUGAGAGUCAGGGUAUUGGAGGCCUAGUGAUUUCCCUUCAAUUUGCUGGUUACAUGUACUUCCUUGCCGGCAGUCUUAUAUUGUCCUAUCUGGUAUAUCUCAUUUAUAGUCGGGUUGAGGAAAAUGUGGAUGAUCAAAUUGGGAGCUGUGAAGAUCAAGAAGAAAAGGAGGGUCAGAAGAGCAAGUUGCCACUUGACUCGAAGGAAACCCCUACAGAGGAGGCCAAAAAAGAUUUGGAUAGGUACUCUGAAGAAAAAGAUGAAGAAGAAAAUGAGAACGAGAAGAUUAAGAAGAGGAGAAACAGGAAGAAUAAAAAGAGAAGAGUAGAAAACGGGUUGACCACAAUCCCUGACCCUCAUUUGGCUACCUCCAAUACUGGGAAGUCACAAGAGAUGGUAACCUCGGAUGUUAAGGAGAACCUUCGUCACGAAUCCAUUGUCUACUGCUGCAAGGAUCAGGGCGACCAUCCUUGCAAUAUUUAUAUGAUACUGGAGCAGGUAACUGAUGUCAAAAAACAAUCACAUGCAAAUAAACUGAAGUCUGCCAAGAAGAACUCCAGUGAAGCUAACGGUAGCAGCGAGGACUUUGAAGAUGCAAAAGUUGAAAAACAAGAGCAGCCACCCCAUGAUACGGAUCACGCUGGCAAACAGGGUGUCCAUCCUGGGGAGCAGGAAGAGCAGCCGUGUGGCAGAAAGGAAGUGACGGAUGAGUUACUGUCCAAGGCAGAUGUGUCACAUAAGAAGGACCCUCCUAUUGAGAAGAAGAGAGGCAGGACCCCAGUACAUCAAACUGAAGACAUUCAUCCAGAAACAGUUAAACGUGAAUGGAAGCCUUCGUUUAGGAGGAGAUUGGCCACAGAGUCAUGCUUAUUUCAGACACCCAUAGUCACCACAGGAUGGAGUCUCAGGUCUCGGUUAUCCACCCAUACGGCAAAUGCUUGUCAGAAUGGCUCUACUUUAGGACAUAAGAAUGUCCUAUCUAAUCCUGAAUCAAAGAAAAUGAAUAGGGCAGAGAAAUCCCGGCCAUCAGUGAUAAAGAGCACCAUUACAAAGGAUGUACCUUCAUCCACGAGUAAGACCAGCUUUACUGAGAUAACCCAAUCACACUUAAGUAAUGGCAAGGAGUGCCAGGCGUGUCCCAGUCCAGACUACUUGUGCCCAUUAAAUGGAAAGAGCUCUGUAGAAGGUCUGACAACUCAGGAGCUCUUCAGAAACCUGUUAGAUAUUUUAGAUAUAAUGAUCCCUGAAAGGUAUCCACACCUCCUUGAACAGGUAGAAGAGCUAAUUGUGGACACCCAGGAGAGGCUUGAAGGUGUUGUCAACAUCAUAUUCAAAAGGGCCAUAUCUGAGAGGCAAUACAGUGCUGUCUAUGCAGGGAUGUGCCACUAUCUACUGAAGCUGGAUGCCCCCACAGCAGACGGGUCUGGAGGAUAUGUCAACUUCAGAUUUCUUCUGUUGAAGAGGUGCCAAAAGUUGUUCUACAUGAAUGGGGAUGAAGAAAAUGAAAUUGGCAAGAAACAGGAGGAAAUUGAGGCAGCAACUCAGGAAAUUCAGAAGCAAUGUCUCUGUAUGCAGUAUGAAGAGAUUAAGAAGACCACCCGCCUCAAGUCACUUGGCAAUAUUGUCUUCAUUGGUCAGCUUUUCAAAUGGAAGGUCAUUACAGGGAGCCGUGUUCAUCAGUGUAUUGCAUGGCUUCUUAGCAAUUGCAGCGAGGAAUCUCUGGAGCGCCUCUGCUUGCUUCUGACCACUGUGGGGAAGCAGCUUGACCUCUCUGAAGCCAAGAUUCAAAUGGAUCAGUACUUCAGUGAAAUGAAUGAUAUCAUCAAGGCAAAGAAGGUAUCCUCCAGGAUCCAGUUCUUGUUACAGGAUGUGUUGGAAUUGAGACAGAACAAAUGGAUGUCAAAGAAUAGCGUUCCAAACAAAAAUGCUCAGAAUGAAGAGCAGGGGAGGAAAAAAAUACAGUUGAAGACCACACAAUACACAAGGAGUUGGUGCUGAAGAGUGUUACAGCUUCAUUUUAUUCCCAGACUCUUACUGAUCCUUUGUGGUAUGCAGCAAAUGUUUGAGUAGAACUAAACGAAUUGUAGGGGCACAAAAGAUGAGCAUUAAAACUCUUAGACUGGGCAGUCGACUGUGAACUCUGUGUGACUUUCUCUUGUCCACAAUUGCUCAUUUAGGGCUUCCUGGCAACCUUUAAUGAUCACACAGUCACAUGACACCAACAUGCAUGUAUAUUUAUAGUAACUGCUCAGUCCAUGGGAGCUUUGUAUUGUUAGUCGUUGCUACAUUUGGUCGUCUACUUUCUUAGCUUCUAUCAUUGUUAAUUAUUGUACCUUUGCCAUUAAUUAAUGACACUGCCUUUUAAACAUAAGCAUGUUUGCAAGUUUGUAUCUGACAUUCACUUAAGUUCAGUAGGAACAAAUCCAGUUUUGUGCUUUUCCAUCUCUUCAAGCAGUCCUAAGUCUUCCACCCUUAACAUACAGGCAAGCGUAGCCUGAAAAGAAGGUCAAGUGGGGUUGUGGAGCCUGCAGAUCAAUGAUUUCAUAAGAUUCAACUGCGAGCAGAAAAGGUCAUCUUGACUACUUGUGCCAUCUCUGCUUUUUUUUAAUCUUGCUAAAUUUUAAUAGUUUUUAUAAUUAUUCCUCCACUUUCAAUGGACAUAUCAAGUAAGUCUGUCGUGUAAUGUUAACUGUGUGGUUAUGAAAUCUUUUUGGUGUAAUAUAAUGUUGCUGCAUGCAUUUUGAUAAACAAGUCUGAAUAAAAUAUGAACUUGUUUUGAAAUAGAAAUUCCUGCUUGUGCAAAAUCAGUUUUUGCUACCGGCGUAUUCACUUGUUUUGGGAAAAAUGUUAUUUUAUUCAAAUUACAAAGAUGGA